AUGACUUCUGAUCUACUCCAGAACGUGCAGUCUGGCUAUGCAGCUGCCCCAGAGCAACUGGCAAGUAACUUCAGUAAGCAUUCAGACGAGGCAUUGGUACAGGAGAUGGAAAGCAUAACCAAUCCACCGAAUUUGCAAGGUUACAUACCAUUCCGAUCAGUGAAGAACCGAGCCGCUAACACCGAACCAGGUAAGGAAGUCGACGAGUUAUAG